AUGAAAGGCGGCCCAGCGGCCGCGAGCGCGCACAGUGGAUGCCAGGCUGCGGGCCGGCGGCGAGAUGACGCGGCGCCGUUUGCCGUUUCGGUUCCCACCAGGCCCGCUAAUACUCCGCCACCGCCGCCGCCGCCGCGCCGGCCCGUGACCCAGUGCGUGGCGUGGCAGGCGCGAGGUCGCCUGCCGCUGCCCCUGUCACAGCUGGCGGGCGCAGAGAGAGGAAGGAGGGGCGUGCCGCGUCGCACGGCGUCGCACGCCGCACCCCUCAGCCGCUCGGACCACUGCGGCCGUAUCACGGACAUCGCCUGUGGGGGCGUCUGGACGGCCGCUAAUCUGGCGACUGCCAUCUACGAGCGUCCCUUCCCCCCCCCUCCUGCCCCCUCCUCACCCCCUGCAGAUACCAUCGACACUCACAUCCGCAGUAGAGCACUGCGUGCGGGGUCAACGGCUGAGGGCCCGCCCCCGCAGCCGCCGCCUCCGCCACCGCCGCUCCCGCCGCCGCCUAUAGCGCAGUUCCUUCACGUUAGCGCGCAUCCGGCCGUUUCGGGCGCACUUCUCUCCCCGGCGGCUCAUCCAUAUUUGAUUUCACGUGCCGGGCAGGACAAGGAUAUUUGA